AUGUCCGAUCACACGAUUGUCGGCCUCAAGGCGCAGUGGCCUAGUAUGUCUUUCACCUUGACAAUUGGGUUGUACAGUGGUUCUUUCUCCAGAGGGAACGCCUCCGUGGCUUCACCGGAUAUUGGAAAGUCCACUGGAACGGAUUCUUCGGGACAAAAGGUCCAGCAGGGGCUUCCUAGACACCUCAGCCAUAUCAACCUUGAUUCGAAAGAGGGAUGGGCAGCUAUGAAAGCCCUGCACACGGGUCAUAUCGUGUUAGCCAGAUCCAGCGACAAAUUCUCCCGAUUUGGGCCCUUUUUCCUAAGAGAAAACUGUCAAUGCCACAAGUGCGUCCAUCCGGAUACCAAGCAGAGAACAGUUGAGGUCUCUUCGAUUCCGGCCAACAUCGCACCUACCGAGAUCAAUUGCACCGCGGACGAAGCUCGCAUCGAAUGGGAAGAUGUCUACCCUGAAGUGGUUUAUGGCGAGGUAAUGAAAAAAGAAGCCUCGGUACUCGACUGGUUGGAGAAAAUUCAAUCAUACGGUUUCUGUUUCAUCAAAGGGGUCCCUGUCGAUCCAGAGUCAACCAAGUCUCUCAUUGAACGAAUUGCGUUUGUGAGGUAUACACACUAUGGUGGAUUCUGGGACUUUACUGCCGAUCUCACCUUCAAGGAUACCGCAUAUACCAAUGAGGCCCUCGGUGUCCACACAGACAACACCUAUUUUACUGAUCCGGCGAGACUCCAGCUUUUCCACUUGCUCUCUCAUACAGAUGGCUCAGGAGGCGAGAGUUUGCUUGUUGAUGGAUUCUCAGCCGCCGAUGAGCUUUUCCGCACGGAUCCACGACUUCACAAGGCCUUGACUCUUCACAGACACCCGUGGCACGCCAGCGGGAAUGAGGACGUUUGCAUCCAGCCAUCGUACAUGACGCCUGUUUUCUCUAUUCACCCCGACCUCGGAAGAAUUUAUCAAAUCCGUUGGAACAACUACGACCGCGCGCCUAAGACGAACUGGGAUUUAGAAUCUCAGAAAACUUGGUACGAAGCUGCUCAGUGCUACGACAAGAUCUUGAACCAAAAGCAGAGAAUGAUCCAGACACAGCUUCAACCUGGAACAGCGCUAAUCUUCGACAACUGGAGAAUGAUGCAUGGUCGCACCGAGUUCACUGGAAAGAGAAGAAUGUGUGGCGGAUACGUGAACAACGACGACUACAUUUCACGACUCCGUCUUCUCAAGUUUGGUCGAGAGAAUGUGUUGAACAACCUCGGAAACUUUGAUGAGGCGCUGCCUUACCUGCGAAACCAGGAAGGUCGAUAUUCAAUUGUCUAG